AUGGACACACAGAAUCAGACCACAGUGACUGAAUUUAUCCUGACUGCCUUUCCUGUUCUCCAGAAGCUUCAAAUUUUCCUCUUUGUGCUUCUCUUGUUUAUUUAUAUGCUUACUCUAACAGGAAACAUUGUCAUCAUUUCCCUAAUAUGGGCUGAUAACCGCUUCCAAACUCCAAUGUACUUCUUCCUCAGCAAUCUGUCAGUUUUGGACAUUCUAUACACUACUUCAGUUACCCCAAAGCUGUUAUCCUGUCUCCUAGUAGAGAGGAAGACCAUAUCCUUUGCUGCCUGCAUCACCCAAACAUACUUCUUUUUUUUCUUGGGGACAGUGGAGUUCAUCCUCUUGGCUGUCAUGUCCUUUGACCGCUAUGUGGCCAUCUGUAACCCUUUGCGCUAUACCAUCAUCAUGAACAGUAGAGUCUGUCUCUGGCUGGUUCUGAGCUGUUGGGUGGGAGCAUUCCUGUCAGUACUAUGCCCAACUAUUGUGGUGUCUAGAUUACCUUUCUGUUAUAAAGAGAUUAGUCACUUCUUCUGUGACAUCGCCCCUCUGCUACAGGUCGCCUGUGUUGAUACUCAUUUCAUUGAGAUGAUAAACUUCCUGCUAUCGUCCCUCAUCCUCCUGACCUCAUUGGUGUUCACCACUGUGUCUUACACCUACAUCAUCUCUACCAUCUUGCGCAUCCCCUCAGCCCAAGGACGCCAGAAGGCCUUUUCCACUUGUGCUUCUCACAUCACUGUUGUCUCCAUUGCCUAUGGAAGCAACAUCUUCAUGUAUGUUAGGCCCAGUCAGAGUCAUUCAUUGAAUUUUGACAAGGUAACUGCUGUCCUCACCACGAUGGUGACUCCUCUUCUGAAUCCCUUCAUUUACAGUUUGAGGAAUGAAAAGGUAAAGGAGGUCUUGAGAGAAGCAAUCAGCAAACUUAUGUCUUUAUUACACAAGAGAACUUGA